AUGGCGGCCCUCGGCCCCAGCAGCCAGAAUGUCACUGAGUAUGUCGUCCGAGUCCCCAAAAAUACCACCAAAAAAUACAAUAUCAUGGCUUUGAAUGCAGCCGAUAAAGUCAACCUCACUACUUGGAAUCAGGCCCGGCUGGAACGAGACCUGAGCAACAAGAAGAUUUACCAAGAGGAGGAGAUGCCUGAGUCGGGCGCCGGCAGCGAGUUCAAUCGCAAGCUCCGGGAGGAGGCGCGGAGGAAGAAGUACGGCAUUGUUCUCAAGGAGUUCCGGCCAGAGGACCAGCCCUGGCUGCUGCGGGUCAACGGCAAAUCGGGCCGCAAGAGAAACAAGGUCCUGAACCACUUUAGCAUCAUGCAGCAGCGGCGACUGAAAGACCAGGACCAGGACGAGGAGGACGAGGAGAAGGAGAAGCGCAGCCGCAAGAAGGCCAGCGAGCUGCGCAUCCACAACCUGGAGGACGACCUGGAGAUGUCGUCCGAUGACAGCGAGGCCAGCGGCGAGGAGGGUGGCAGAGCCCCCAAGGCCAAGAAGAAGGCACUGCUCAGGAAGGGGGGCCGGAAGAAGAAGAAGAAGGGCUCAGAUGAUGAAGCCUUUGAGGACAGUGAUGACGGGGACUUCGAGGGCCAGGAGGUGGACUACAUGUCCGACGGCUCCAGCAGCUCCCAGGAUGAGCUGGAGGGCAAGCCCAAGGUCACCCAGCAGGAGGAGGGUCCCAAGGGCGUGGACGAGCAGAGUGAGAGCAGUGAAGACAGCGAGGAGGAAAAGCCGCCCGAGGAGGACAAGGAGGAGGAGGAGGAGAAGAAGGCGCCCACGCCGCAGGAGAAGAAGCGGAGGAAAGACAGCAGCGAGGAGUCCGACAGCUCGGAGGAGAGUGACAUCGACAGCGAAGCCUCCUCGGCACUCUUCAUGGCGAAAAAGAAGACGCCCCCCAAAAGGGAGCGGAAGCCAUCAGGGGGCAGUUCCCGGGGUAACAGCCGGCCAGGCACGCCCAGCACUGAGGCGGGCAGUGCUUCUUCCACCCUCCGGGCAGCCGCCAGCAAGCUGGAGCAGGGGAAGCGCCCCAGCGAAACGCCGGCAGCCAAGCGGCUACAACUGGACACCGGGCCCCAGAGCUUGUACGGGAAAUCCACUCCUCAGCCCCAGUCUGGGAAGUCAGACGAUGACGUUCAAGUGACCAGCAGCGGCGACGUUCAAGUGACCGAAGACGCCAUGCGCCGCUACCUGACGUGGAAGCCCAUGACCACCAAGGCCCUGCUGAAAAAGUUCCAGACCAAGAAGACGGGGCUGAGCAGCAAGCAGACAGUGAAUGUGCUGGCUCAGAUCCUGAAGCGCCUGAACCCUGAGCGCAAGAUGAUCAACAACAAGAUGCAUUUCUCCCUCAAGGAGUGA